UGGGAGACCAGAUAUAGUGAAUGCAGGGUCCGGGGAGACCAUAUAUAGUGAAUGCAGGGUCCGGGGAGAUCGGAUAUAGUGAAUGCAGGGUCUGGGGAGACCAGAUACAGUGAAUGCAGGAUCCGGGGAGACCAGAUAUAGUGAAUGCAGGGUCCGGGGAGAGCGGAUAUAGUGAAUGCAGGGUCUGGGGAGACCAGAUAUAGUGAAUGCAGGGUCCGGGGAGACCAGAUAUAGUGAAUGCAGGGUCCGGGGAGACCAGAUAUAGUGAAUGCAGGGGUCCGGGGAGACCAGAUAUAGUGAAUGCAGGGUCCGGGGAGACCAGAUAUAGUGAAUGCAGGGUCCGGGGGAGACCAGAUAUAGUGAAUGCAGGGUCCGGGGAGACCAGAUAUAGUGAAUGCAGGGUCCGGGGAGACCAGAUAUAGUGAAUGCAGGGUCCGGGAGAGCGGAUAUAGUGAAUGCAGGGUCUGGGGAGACCAGAUAUAGUGAAUGCA